GCAUGACUUGCAGAUUCAUUUAGGAAAUUGACCGCAGGCGUUUGAUUGAUUUUUUUUUCUUUUUCGUUCGAUUUUUGAAUUCUUGCUAAAUGCAUUUUGGAACAGACGAUGUUCCCACGUCCCUGAUCGGCCCGACGACAAGAUUUAUUCAGUUCGGUUGAUUAUUUGUCUCAAAAAGAGGUUGAACUGGCCCCGGACUCGAAUGUCUCCACCCAACUAAACUCGAAAAGUCCACCACCACGUUGGUCAGAGCAGUCUGUCGCUAAACCGUCACUCAACACCUCCCUCGUUCGACAACUCCGCGUCCGACCGUUAAGACAAUUUACCCCACGCGGAGGAUGCUCCUUUGCGAUUACGAACAAGUGCAAGUGCAGUGCUGGGAAGACACGCGCGCUUCUAUUUUGACUAUUCUCGCCCAACUACGCGAAUAACCCCCCCUGAAAACGAUCGAGCUCCAAGUUCGCAGACCGCUCACAACUACGCUCCAAAAAGGGGCACGCCGACCUCGCCGCUGGCGGAGCCCCCUCACAAACCAACAAGAUGGCUGGUGGAAACAUCAAGGUGGUUGUUCGGUGCCGGCCGUUCAACUCCCGAGAAAAGGAUCGCGGAGCAAAAUGUAUCGUCGAGAUGCGAGGCAACCAGACCAUUCUUACGGCACCAGAAGGCGCAAACAAAAAGGACCAGGGCCAGAAAGUCUUCGCAUUCGAUAGAUCAUACUGGUCUUUCGACAAAGAGGCACCGAAUUAUGCCGGCCAGUCAAAUCUACACACAGACUUGGGAAUACCGCUACUAGAUAAUGCAUUCCAGGGAUACAACAACUGCAUUUUCGCAUACGGACAAACAGGUUCCGGAAAGUCGUACUCCAUGAUGGGAUAUGGAAAAGACUACGGUAUCAUGCGCUUGAUUUGCCAGGACAUGUUUGAACGGAUCGGCAAGUUGCAGACGGACUCGAAUUCCAAGUGCACCGUCGAGGUGUCAUAUCUCGAAAUCUACAACGAGCGCGUUCGAGAUCUGCUCAAUCCGAGCACCAAGAGCAACCUCAAAGUCAGAGAGCACCCGUCGACAGGACCCUACGUCGAAGACUUGGCCAAGCUGGCCGUCAGCAGUUUCCAGGAGAUUGAGCAUCUGAUGGACGAAGGAAACAAGGCCAGAACGGUCGCCGCCACCAACAUGAACGAAACUUCAAGUCGAAGUCACGCUGUGUUUACCUUGAUGCUGACGCAGAAGAGUUUUGAUGUCGAGACCAACAUGGCAAUGGAAAAAGUCGCAAAGAUUAGUCUGGUGGAUUUAGCCGGUUCUGAAAGAGCAACAUCCACCGGAGCUACCGGCGCGCGUCUCAAGGAAGGUGCUGAGAUCAACCGAUCGCUCUCCACGUUGGGACGUGUCAUCGCAGCCUUGGCCGACCUGUCGACUGGCAAGAAGAAGAAGGGCGGUGCUACUGGCCAGGUGCCAUAUCGUGAUUCAGUACUCACAUGGCUGUUAAAGGACUCGCUAGGAGGAAACAGUAUGACCGCCAUGAUAGCAGCCAUCAGUCCAGCAGAUAUCAACUUUGACGAAACGCUCAGUACACUUCGGUACGCCGACUCGGCUAAACGUAUCAAGAACCACGCGGUUGUCAACGAAGACGCCAACGCACGCAUGAUCAGAGAACUGAAGGAGGAAUUAGCCAUGCUCAAGACCAAGCUCGGAGGAGGCGGCGGCGGUGGUGGUGCUGGUGGAAGCGGCUCGGCCGUACCUCCAGAUGAGAUUUACGCCGAGGGUACACCUUUGGAACAGCAGAUCGUCAGCAUCACAGCAGCAGAUGGAACCGUCAAAAAGGUUUCAAAAGCUGAGAUCGCCGAGCAGCUGAGCCAAAGCGAGAAGCUGUUGACGGAUCUCAACCAGACUUGGGAAGAAAAGUUACAGAAAACCGAGGAAAUUCACAAAGAACGUGAGGCUGCGCUGGAAGAAUUGGGUAUCAACAUCGAGAAAGGUUUUAUUGGGCUGAGCACACCCAAGAAGAUUCCGCAUUUGGUCAACUUGUCGGACGACCCGCUAUUGGCUGAAUGUCUGGUAUACAACCUCAAACCCGGAACAACAAUUGUCGGAAACGUCGAGUCGAAUGGAGAGCACCAGGCAAACAUCCGCCUGAAUGGUUCUGGCAUUCUGCACGAACACUGCAUCUUCGACAAUGCGCAAGACGGGACCGUUACUCUGAUACCGCAACCCGGAGCCGCCGUCAUGGUUAAUGGCAAGCGCAUAGCAGAACCUAAACAGCUCCAUUCCGGGUACCGAGUUAUUCUUGGCGACUUUCACAUCUUUCGAUUUAACCACCCCAUGGAAGCAAGAGCGGAGCGAACAGAACAGAGUCUCCUACGCCAGUCACUCACUGCCAGCCAACUGCAGAAUCUUGACAAGGCCACAUCGCCCAUGGCGGCCAAAUACGGACAUGCCAGGAGCGUUAGCAAGGCAGGAUCUGACUUUGGGGCUGAUAGCCGGCCAGACUCGCCGGGUCCGUUUCAGCGGGAUGGGCGCGACAACGAUUGGUCGUUUGCGCGGCGAGAGGCUGCGUCCGCUAUACUCGGCUCCGACCAAAACAUCACAAAUCUGACUGACGAGGAGCUGAAUGGGCUGUUUGAAAAGCUCCUCAAGGAACGAGAAGAGCGAGUAAAUGGCCGCGAUGGAGAAGAUGAGACAGAGUCCAUGUCGUCCUACCCUAUGCGCGAGAAGUACCUUUCGACUGGCACUAUCGACAACUUCUCACUGGACACGGCCCUGACGAUUCCCUCAACCCCCAGGCAAGGCGAGGGGGACGAAAAGCUGCGCGAAGCUCAGGAGGAGAUGCAGUCGCAGCUGGAGAAGCGGAAAGAGGAAUUUCAGGGCCAGCUCAAAACCGCCGAGGCGGCAAAUGUCGAGGUCGAGGAGAUCAGGAAGGAGAAGGCACGGAUGGAGGAUGAGCUCGUAACUCUCAAGGCCGAAAUGCAGAAACAGCUCGAGGUUCAGCGCAAGACUUUUGAGGACAAGAUUGAAAGGCUCGACCCGCUGAAGCGACCAAAGGCCAAUCCCAAGCUGUCCGAAGCUGAGAUUAAGCGUGCAAAGGAUGUGGUUAAGCACUGGAAGAACCGGCGAUAUGUCCACAUGGCCGAGACUUUGCUGCAAAACGCAUCCACCUUGAAGGAGGCGCAGGUGAUGAGCCAGGAACUUGAAGAACACGUUUCCUUCCAAUUUACCGUUGUGGAUGUGGGCCAUGUGUUGUGUUCGUCGUAUGACAUGGUUCUCAAUGGCCUGCCGGGCGAGGGUGACGAUGUUGCCCUCGAGGAGGCACCCAAGCCGUGCAUUGGCGUUCGAGUCAUUGACUACAGAGACAGCUCUGUUCGGCUUUGGAGUUUGGAGAAACUCCACGAUCGUGUUCGGCAGAUGCGGCAGAUGUACCAGUACCUUGACGAGCCCGAGUAUUCACAGCACCUCAGCUUUGACAACCCCUUUGUUGAGAACUGCAUGCCGCAGUAUACACUGGUCGGCGAGACAGAUGUGCCUCUGCGCGCCGUGUUUGAGAGCCGCGUUCAGGACUUCACCCUUGAUGUCCUGUCGCCGCAUACAUCCCAUGUCAUUGGCAUCAUCAAGCUCUCGCUGGAACCGUCGAGCGCUAGGGCACCGUCCAACACUCUCAAGUUCAACGUUGUCAUGAGCGAGAUGGUCGGUUUUGCCGAGCGCGAGGGCACAGAAGUGCAUGCCCAGCUCUUCAUCCCUGGCGUGUCGGAAGAAGAUGGUGUCACUACGACACAGAUGAUCAGCGACUUUGACGAGGGCCCCAUCAGAUUCGAGAGCGUUCAUAGCAUGAGCGUACCUCUGUUUGGGUCACAGGGCAUCAGCCUCCGGAUCGCAAUCUUCGCCAAGGUUUCAACCAUGCAUCUCGACAAACUUCUUAGCUGGGACGACAUGAGGGAUGCGGUUCCGGUGUCCAGGGGGAAGCAGAAAGCCGCUAGGAUAUCCGAGAGCCACUUUUACACAGAGGAAAAGCACGACUUGCUUGCGAGAGUCCAGAUUAUGGAAAUGGACGAGAACGGCGAGUACCUCCCUGUCGAGGUGACUCAAACCAGCGAACUCGAUGCGGGGACAUUCCAGCUUCAUCAGGGUUUGCAGAGGCGCAUUGCCAUCAAUCUGAGUCACAGCUCUGGGGAUGCCCUUCCGUGGGACGAUAUUAUGUCUGUAAAAGUUGGCAAGAUUCAGCUCGUCGAUCACGCUGGAAAGACGCCUGAUAUGGGCAAUAUUACGCCAGACAUCGCAAUGAAGCUUGCGUCAAAGCCUGUCUUCCGUCAGAAUGCAAACGGCACCCGCAAUGUGACCAUGAUUGGCCAAUGGGACUCUUCGCUCCACGGAUCGCUGCUGCUCGACCGCGUCACUGCAGACAAGUAUAAGGUUCAGAUGAGCAUCUCAUGGGAGGUCGCGUCGGAAAAGCUCGCCGAGCCAAUGAAGUUCUCCAUGAAUGUCUUUUGCCAGAUAAUGUCACGCAACUUUGUGCGUCAGUCGUCACUGCUCUCGUCUUUGUGGCAGAGUGUUCGAAUCGUCAAGUCGACAACGGGAAUUUUCACUAUGUCCAUGCGACCUGCACCUAUCAAGCGUGUAGGGGACAUUUGGCGCCUCAACAGCCAGCAUGAUUACGUCAAGGGCGAGGAGACCCUGACAAGCUGGACCCCGCGCGGCGUUUCUCUCAUCAGUGACUUCAUAGCUUCCAAGAGAAAGCGCAGACGGAUUGCAGAGGUUGGGGCUGUGCAGAACUUUGUGAGAAGGAUUGGAUACCCUCAGCCUAGGAUACAGCCGCUUACAGACGAUGAUGCUCUCGACGAGGACAUUCCACCACCCAAGCUACCUGAUGACAUUGAAUCAAUCAAUGAGCUGCUCCAGGACACACCGGAGGUUUCUCAGGUUCUCUCACCGCCCGCGGAAACCAAUGGCGAGGCUGAGCCUAAGACACCCACAGAUGCCGGUAGCGAAGGGGAGGCCGGGAUCGAGCCCGAGCCCGAGGCUGAAGAACCUACACUGACCAUAUCUGACUUGGCUGCUGUGAAACCCGAGUAUGACGAACGCGAAUCAGCCCUUUUGACAAAAUGCUAUGAGCUACUGAAGCCGCAUCCGGAUCCGCUGCAAGCUAUUCUGAGUCCACUCAACACCUCACCUCCCGCAAACGGGGUGACAGAAGCGCCCGAGGAGGCGCCACGCUUGGUUACGACGAUCGUCAAAGCGACUCGUAACCCAAAGCUCAUGAAAGGCGGAUAUCUGCUCGUACCAAGCAGCGACUCGACACGUUGGAUCAAACGUUUUGUCGAGCUUCGCCGUCCUUAUCUACAUAUCCACAGCGUGUCGGAUGGUGAAGAGGUUGGCAUUGUCAGCCUUCGGAAUUCAAGAGUCGACAGUUCGCCUGGGAUUCUAGGCCUCAUGGAAGCAGGUGGCCACGGUUACGAUCCCAGCGACGAUGGCCAACCGCAGUCACCGGAACAGGCGUACGACGAAACCCCUUCUCCAGCUCCCAGGCCUCGUCAGACAUCUGGGCAUCGGCGAACAUCGUCUGGCCGCUUGAUUUCGUCAAUCUGGACGGGCUUCAGCGGGGCAUCGCGGGCCAACGGUAACGGCGCCGGCCUCGCGGGACUCAGCGAACGGCUCCAGGCUGGCGUGUUUGCCAUCUAUGGAACGGACAACACAUGGCUUUUUGCGGCUCGCAGCGAGCGCGACAAGCUGGACUGGAUAUUUAGGAUUGACCAGAGCUACGUUGCUUCGAGCGCCAGCGCCAGCGGGGCGGCGAGCCCGCUACCUCGUCAUGUUCGAGACCCGAAUAGGGAGGACGAGGGUGACGAUUUUUCUCAUGGUGGUGGUCGUUGAGGACACCUCGAUAUUAUUCCCCCUUUUUUUUAUGCGGCAAGAUAAAAAAAAAACCCUAUUCUUAGACUAAUGAGGCUCAUGACUUUAGGAUGGUAUAUCGUUGCAUUUCUUUUUUCUUCUUUUCUUUCAGGUGGUUUUGUGUCAUCUGCACUAUAAUCAUACCAGCUCGGAAGGAUGGAUGAGGCGUGCGUGCUUCUAUUUUUAUGGAGGAACCCGCGGCCACAUGCAAAGAUUUUUUUAAAUUUUCCUUUGUCACAUUAAUUUAUAUAUAUACCCUUCUUGUAGUUUGGAUUUUCCCCCCGGAUCAUCUCGGGGGGGCCAAGCAGAAUGACGACAUGAAAGACAUCGAUCGUUACUGUAUCACAAGUUGUUUUUCUAUUUUAUUCUUUCUUUCAAACAAUCUGGGUAUAGAAAACCGGAGGCUUGUCAAUUUAUACCCGUUUCAGCUAAAUACUGGGUUCAUACAAACCCUUCCAUAGAAAAGUUUAUACUCUAGAUCGCGAUUGACGCCUUACACCUGG